AUGGACAGCCUUUUGGUCCGGCUCACCAGAUCAUUGGGACCUCAAGCCCCCCACCCUCACCGCUGCAAGGCUGCUCCUGUUAGAAGGGCCAUGGGUCGCGGAAUGCUACCAUACAUUUGGGUUUUCGAGUAUACUAGGAACUUCUGCAGAGGACCCGGAUGGAUAAUGGCCCAAAGAAAUUUUUCAUCUGGAACUACAAUGUUGACCCCCUAUAACAUAGUUGCUUCUUUGUGGGCCUCAAGCUGUCUUGAACUGAUUAGCAGUUCAACACAGGCUCGGCGACGCAUUGGACCUUUCUUCAAUUGGUUUUAUUCCCGGACAUUUGUAGAGACAGAGGUGCCAUCUACAUCAGAAGAAGCUACUGGCAUUACCUUAGCCCCCGACAGGACCUCCAACAGAGCCCCCGACAGGACCUCCAACAGAGCCCCCGACGGGACCUCCAACACACCCCCGACAGGACCUCAAACACAGCCCCCAACGGGACCUCCAACAGAGCCCCCUACGGGUACCUCCAACACAGCCCCCGACGGGACCUCCAACACAGCCCCCAACGGGACCUCCAACACAAGCACCAACGGGACCUCAAACACAGCCCCCGUCAGGACCUCCAACACAGCCACCGACGGGACCUCCAACACACCCCCGACAGGACCUCCAACACAAGCACCAACGGGACCUCCAACACAAGCACCAACGGGACCUCCAACACAAGCACCAACUGGACCUCCAACACAGCCCCCGACGGGACCUCCAACUGAUGGACCUGGAACCGGAACAGACUAUGGGGAUGGACCCGGUACUGGAACAGACUAUGGGGAUGGACCCGGUACUGGAACUGAUUAUGGGGAUGGACCUGGAACCGGAACAGACUAUGGGGAUGGACCCGGUACUGGAACAGACUAUGGGGAUGGACCCGGUACUGGAACUGAUUAUGGGGAUGGACCUGGAACCGGAACAGACUAUGGGGAUGGACCCGGUACUGGAACAGACUAUGGGGAUGGACCCGGUACUGGAACAGACUAUGGGGAUGGACCCGGUACUGGAACUGAUUAUGGGGGUGGAACCGGAACAGACUAUGGGGAUGGAACUGGCACAGGUGGCGGAAAUGGAACCGGACCAGGCGGCGGGGAUAUAACCGGACCAGGCGGCGGUGAUGGAACCGGACCCGGCGGCGGGGAUAUAACCGGACCAGGCGGCGGUAAUGGAACCGGACCAGGCGGCGGUAAUGGAACCGGACCAGCACCAACACCAGCACCAGCACCAACACCAGCACCAGCACCAACACCAGCACCAACGGGACCUCCAACACAAGCACCAACGGGACCUCCAACACAACCCCCGAUGGGACCUCCAACACAAGCACCAACGGGACCGGGACCAGAUGAUGGUGUAUAUGAGACGGAUAUAGACUCCAUAGAUGAUGAAUUCUUCAUGUCCGUCACCUUCACGAUCUUCCAAGAUGAAACGAACACCAUCAUGAUCAACCAGGCAGUGAUGGCCCAAAUGAUAGCGGAGAAAAAGACUGUUUACUUUAUUACCAUGAAUGUGAUAACGACCUUUGAGGUGAGCACUACGUUGGCCCGGCUGAAGAAAAAUACAGAUGGGGACAACCAGCGUGAAAGUCCACAAGCGCAGCAGACCAAGGAGAAGUUCGUGUCCAUGAUGGAUUGGCGUCAAAACGUCACCCAAAUUCCAGCCAAUGAAGUCUACUGCAUGAACACUUUAAUGGUAGACUUGGUGGAGAUUUCCUUCAUCAACACAGACACGGGGAAGAUCUUCGACGGGUGCAACGUCAACAACCAGAGUGUUGCCAGUAAUCCUUUCUUCGAGAUCAGAGACCGAUACAAUGUAUCACACAGGUUCUGCCAUCUGAAAGGAAAUGUAACAAUCGAAAGUUUCGGUGAUCAACUCCUCGCUUACUUUGUCACUGGUGGCUUGACAAACAUCCUUCCGAACGUGAGACUGGUGUUGAGAUCCCCGCCCGGAUGCUGCGGCGGCGUCUUCUACACCCUGCAAGGAACCGAAGUGUUUCCGAAGGACCGCGUGAUCACUUCCCCGAAUUACCCGCAGCCUUACUUGAACAACAUCAGGUGUCCGUACGUGUUCAGGUGCGUAUCGGACAAACCAGACGACGGCCCUUGCCCCAUCAAGUUAGACUUCAUGGACUUCGACCUCGAGCAGCCAAACAUGCUGUCCUUCACGAAUUUCCGGGACGGAGAGAACGCAAUCAUCGGCGGUGGUUCCUCCGUCGGGAAGGGGGCAAAGAAGUGCGGCAACAGCGACAACGUGAUUGUCUCAAAAUGCGGUAGAAUCCACGGAUCCGAGACCCAGACAUAUUGUCUCAAACGAGCACCGAAAAGAAGCAUCAUUGGAAAUAAGGAAAUAAUUUUGUACUUCAAAACCAACGAAGCCAUCCGCGACCGGGGCUUUUCGGUGAUAGCCACCGCCACCGAUGAUAAAUAUGGUAUUUAUUCGCCAGAAGAAUUGGAAAGCUCCUGCCGAUGCGGUCUUGGAAUCCCUUCUUUAAUCAGGAAGGAUAUAAGGAAAACUAAUGCUAAGAAGAAGGACAAGAAAAAGAAACAGAAGAACGAGAACGAUUCCCAAACGAAUACCUUUAGGCAAAAGAGGGAACUGAGGAAGAAUGGUAGAGAGGCAAAGGAUGGGGAAAAGGUGAAAGGGAAGAUAGAGCGAGGUAAUCCGAAUGGUACAAGGAGAAGGAAAAUGAAAAAGGAAGAGGGGGAUAAAGAUCGUACGAGAGGAGAGGGGAAAAGGGACGAGCAGAGGAAAAGAGAGAGAAAAGGUGAUGUUCAGCGACCAAAUAAAAAUAAAAAACAGGGCGAUGACCAGAGAAAUACGAAAACGGUGAAACAGAACAAACGGAAUAAAAAGAUCGAUGGGAAUAAGAAAAGGAAACCACAAAAUGAAGAUAGAGAAACGGAGAGAAACAACAUGAAAAGGAAAAGAAAGAGAAAGAAUUUACGAAAGGGGGGGAUGGCAAACCAGACUGAGGGACGGCAAAAGCAAGAAGACGAUACAGAGAAAGAAAAAGACAAAUUCUUGAAGAAAACGAAGAACAGAAAACAAUAUCCCCAUGAGGUCCUCAUCGGCUUUAUAAGACUGAGGACUAAGAAGAGGAGACCGAAACUGGAGAAGAGAAGCGUAGAUGAGGCCGAGCCCACAGAGGGAAAGGGCGGCGAGCUAGACAGGGUGAAGGGAAGAGCAAUUUCCGAAAAGCCUAUCCAACCAAACAGGAUAUGUGUUGGUACUUUGGUCAGCGAUCGCUUUGUUCUUACGACCACGUCCUGCUGCCGGUACUGUGUCUCACUCUGGCUUCGAAGAUACCAAAAGAAACAACAAACAACUCAGUCCCACUUGUAUACCAGAAGAAAGAGGGACACGUCAGACGACGGUGAUAAAAGAGGCAUAAAAGGGAACGGAAGAGAAAAGGAGGGUGGGAAGAAAACUAGACGAGAAGGAGAUGUAAAUAAUGGGAAUAAUAGAAAAAGGGGAGAGGGAAGGAGAGGCAAGGAACAAAAUGGUGUUAAGAGGACACGGAAGGAAACCGAUAACAAUGAUAAGAAGAAGAAGAUGAAGAAGGAUAAGAAAGAGAAGAAGGAAAAGAGGGAGAGGAAAAGAGAGAAGAAACAGCUAAAGAAAAAGAAGAAGAAGGAGGAGAAAAAGAAGAAGAAGGAGGAGAAAAAGAAAAAGAAGAAGGAAAAAAGGAAAGAGAAGAAACAAAACGAGAAACAGAAAGGAAAGAAGAAGAAGAAUAUUUCCGCAAAGGGCUUCAACAAACCUCGUCCCGUUGACAUCGUAAUGGCAAUCGGCAAAUCAAAGAUCGACAUUAAUAAGCUGAAGCGGAAAGAUGUUCAGAGUCCCAAGAAAAUCUUCAUCGAUGAAAACUGUUACGCAAAGAUGAAGAUAAAGGAAAUAGAUGGCGUGGAGACAUACAAGGUGGAAUGCCCCGUGUUACUACAGUUGAAGAAACCAAUCCAGGUGUCGAAGGAAGUAGCGCCCAUGUGUUUGCCUAUGUUUCAACCCAAUAAUCUCCGAGGCAGCAAGGCAUACUCAUUAACAAGAGGAUACCACAGCAUGAAGAAGGAAGACAGGCAGUUUUCCAAAUACCCCUUCGCCGUUAUCGGAGGGAAAGUGAAAAAAACGAAGAAAUGCCAGCAGGUGUUGAAGAAGCACUUGGACGAAUCCCUUGUGUGCUCCAUCGCGAAAAAGAAGCAAGGAAGCAUGUGCACGGGCUCUGAAGGCGCCCCACUGAUCCAAUACCAAUUUUCGGGAAGUGGCUUCAAGAAACACAACACCCUUGUGGCGAUCCUGCAAACACCAGGCUGCGUAAAUACAAAGAAGAAGAAGAAGAACAAGGGAAAGAAGAAGAAGAACGAUGAUACAGAACAGGCGCCACGAAAUGGUAACAGAGGACAAGGCCGGAAUAAUGAGAAAGGAAGGAAGAGGAAGGAAGGAGAAGCAGGACAGACGCCACGAAAAGGUAACAGAGGACAACAAGGCGGGAAUAAUGAGAAAGGAAGGAAGAGAAAGGAUGGCAAAGCAGGGCAGACGCCACGAAAUGGUAACAGAGGACAAGGCCGGAAUAAUGAGAAAGGAAGGAAGAGGAAGGAAGGAGAAGCAGGACAGACGCCACGAAAUGGUAACAGAGGACAACAAGGCGAGAAUAAUGAGAAAGGAAGGAAGAGGAAGGAAGGAGAAGCAGGGCAGACGCCACGAAAUGGUAACAGAGGACAACAAGGCGGGAAUAAUGAGAAAGGAAGGAAGAGGAAGGAAGGAGAAGCAGGGCAGACGCCACGAAAUGGUAACAGAGGACAACAAGGCGGGAAUAAUGAGAAAGGAAGGAAGAGGAAGGAAGGAGAAGCAGGACAGACGCCACGAAAUGGUAACAGUGGACAACAAGACCGGAAUAAUGAGAAAGGAAGGAAGAGGAAGGAAGGAGAAGCAGGACAGACGCCACGAAAUGGUAACAGAGGACAACAAGGCGGGAAUAAUGAGAAAGGAGGGAAGCGGAAGGAAGGUGAAGCAGGGAAGACGCUACGAGGUAAUGGCGGAAAUGGUCAGAGACAACAGACGGAAACUCGAAGAAAAUUAGGAGAAAAGAAGCAGACGUCUGACCCCGGGAACCGCCGUCGAGACCAAAAUGAGAGUGUAAGGCCGUCAAAAGAAAGAACUAAAAGACAAGCAGGCGAAAAGGAAGAACAGAGAAGGAAGGGCAAUGUGAAGAAGACGGAUAAGAAACCAAAGAACAAGGACGAAGACGAGAAAGAGAAUAGGAAGAAGAAGAAGAAGAAUGUCUCUCCACAGAACGAUAAACAAAAGAACACAGACGGAAGUAAAAAUAUGAACAGGAAGGAGAGUAAGAAGCCGAAGGACACGAAUGAAGAAAAGAAGGAAAGGAAGAGGAAUAAGAAACCAAACAACAAGAAUAAAGACGAGAUUAAGAAAAGGAAGAAUAGCAGUGUGCAGAAAGAUAGAGAAAAUAAGAACAAAAAAGCAAGUAAAAAUAUAACCAAGCAGAAUAAUAGGAAACCGAACCAGGGCAAUAACAGAGACGAAAGAGGGAAAAGGAAAAUGGCGAAAAAUUCCAGUAUACAGACAAAGAGAACAAAUAAGGAUGCAAGUGAGAGGACAAAUGGAAAUAGAGGCACGAACCCCACAAAAAAGAAGAAAGAGCCCAAACAACAGAAUGAUAAGGACAAGAAGAAGAAGAAGAAGAAGAAGAAGAAGAACAAGAAGAAAAAUAAAAAUGAAAACAUCGUCGCCAAGUACAGCAAGGAACAGCCAACCGUGUACACCAAGAACAGACGCAACCGUAACAAUGUCGAUGUUUGGAUAAAGGUUUCCUCCUUCCUUACAUGGAUGGUAACGGUCGUGACGGCAAACAGCCCUAACCCUGUGUGUUACCGCGCCCCGCAGUUAACAUCAGCCCCGAACAUAACUAAAGUUCUCCCCUCGUGCAGUUAGUCGGGAAUCUGGGAAUCUAGGUCUAGGAAUCACUGAAACGAGACAUCUAUUCUUUUGUGAACUAUUUGCGCAAGUUAGGGAACGCUUAUUACAUUUUUUCCCCCCCCACUGGCACAGUACUUUCCAAAAGUUAAAGUAUUUCUUUUAUUUUAUUUGCAUAAGGAAACCUGUUGACUUUUCUCAUAUUACGUUAGAAAGGAUCAGUUACACUUAAAAAAAAAAAAAAAAAAAAAAAACAUUUGGAAAUUGUUCAUUCAGAGUCUUGUUAUGAUUGGCUUCUUGAGUUUAAUGGCCAUAUUCAAAGGUAUUUGGGGUAAAUAUGCAUAUGCAUGAUACCGCAAUGUUUGGCUGCGGUUUAUCAUUGUUGUAGCAUCAAUAUAAUCUGGGAACUCAUAAUAAAGAAUUGAUGAGAAA